AUGAGCCUAUGCAGGGGCCACCACCCAUGGCUUCGGUGCACAGCCCUGAUCACUGCUGGCUUUGCUCUCUGCGAUCUCACCAAAUGCACCCACCUUUUUGUUGGCAAGCCUGGGACAGGGACACGCCUGGCCGGACAUGCGAGACUGAAAAGCUUUGCACGGUCCGCCUGCAAGGAGACGCCACUCCUUGACGAGGAGAGCAAUGACUUGUUCCUGCUGCUCAGGGGGAUGACAACGGUCAGCUUCUGCACAGGCGCUCCUCCAAUCCCCUGGCUUCAAGAAAGGCUUGCAGCGGUGCUGGCGGCAAAUCCCUGGCUAGCAGGAAGCCUCAGGAGGACCUCAUCCGAGGAUCGCGUGUUUCUUCGCUAUGAGGAAGAUGUAGGCGAAGAAGCGGCGCAUGAAAUCUUCCAAAGCAUCGGGCCUGGCAUACUUGACCUACACCCCGACAUGCCCUACGACGUGCUGACGCAGAAAGUGAGUGGUUCCUGUGCUGAAAUUCCGUCCGGAGUGGAGUGCCUGCGGAACUCCAGCCAUCCUUUGCUGAAAGUGACGAUCUGCAGCCCUUCGAGUGAUGACUUUGCCCUCCUCGUCUCGCUGUCGCACAUCAUUGCUGAUGGGUACACCUACUACAGGAUCUUCCACAUGCUGACGCGCAAGCUGACACCAGUCCGUUCCCUGAGACCAGAGCGAAAGCUGGCUUUCCAUCAAGAACGUUUGCGCGCUCUUGGCCGGCCUGAAUACGACUUCAUCUUCUCGCCAGCAUAUGUGCUGAACUCCCUUACCAGCAAGUUUCUAUGGGGAAGACCUAAGUGCCGUGCCUUUGUCAUCAAUAUGGAGAAGGUGAAACAACUUCAGGUCCAAGCUGCAAAGGGGACGGUCCCGACCGUGCCUCUCUCGACGAACGACAUCGUAACGUCGAGUGUUGCAAGGCUCUUCGGUGCGCGUGCUUGUUCAAUGGCCGUGAACUUCCGCGGGCGCCUGGCAAACCUGUCGGAGGACGACGCUGGCAACUACCAGGGUCUUCUGUGGUUUGGUCCCGAUGACAUCUCGGGGCCGAGUCUGGUCCGGGCAGCAUUGGAGCAGGGCAGACAGCAGGGAGUCUAUCGGCGAUGUGGCAGCGAUCCAGUUGGCCAACUGCCCGGCUUUCGGGAGACGCUUUGCUCACGCCUGGCGGUCAUAACCAGCUGGGUCUUCAAAGACGAGCCGAUGUUGGAGGGGUGCACGAUGGGGCUGCACCUCCCCCAUUUCGACUUGGAUGAGGUUAAUUCGGACAUGGCCGUAAUCUUCAGACCGCGACCGGGGCAACAGGCAGUCAUGCUGUUCACAAAGGACCUGAAUGUGGAUGUGCUAGCGGCGGCACCGGACAGUGUCCUUGGAGAGCCUGCCCUGCUGAUGAUGGAGCGAGGCAUCUCCUUUGAAGAAGCAUGGACUUUCUGCGAGAAGAGACGGCCCAUUGUGUAUCCCAACGUCGGAUUUCAACAGCAGCUCCGACAUCUCGAAAAAGUGAUGACGGAAAAAGUCGACUUGAAGGCGCCUUGGCAGAAGCAGGUGAAGCAGCUCCGAGAGGCCUUGCCGAAAGGCGAUUUGGAAGGGCCAAAGUCCCCACUUCCGAUCCGGGAUGCGAUCGGCUCUUGCAUGGGUGCCGCCCUGAACGAGCUGGAGGCCCUGGUAGACAAGGUUCUUUCUCAACCACAGCUGCUUCAAAAGAGGGAACUGUGGAAAAGACAAGGGCUCUUCUUUGAGAACUUGCACAAGUACAAGGCCAUUCCCGGGGACCUGGGCCUACUGAGCCGUGCCAAAGUGGCGGCUGAUCAGUUGAGGUCACUGCAGAAAGUUUACAGCGAAUCCCUGAAAGGCGUCAAGUUAGCCAACGCCGUUGCACAGGAGUUGGAGGACUGGUCCAAAGUGGCUGCACCAGAGCUCGAGAAAGCCGAAGCCGAAGGCCAGUCUGAAGCAAAGGGUGAAGAGAAGCUCCCCAAGGAGCUGAGCAAAAAAGAGAAGAAACGACUCAAGAAGGAGAAGAAGCGCGAGAAAAAGGCCAAGAAAGCGGAAAAGAAAGCUGCGAAGACCUUGGCCAAGAUCGAAGAGGCUGCAAAGGAGGCCGAGCAGAUCGCGAAGCUCGCGGGCGAAGAGGAAGCCGAGGCCGCCAGAAGAAUAGCCGAGGUGGAGGAGGAGCUUGCGGCAGCUGAGGCGGCAGCGGCUGCUGCCGAGGAGUCCUCAUCCGAAGAUCCUGAGAUGGCCAGCCGUGCGGGGUGGCCAAAGCAGCAAGGCUUCGAGAACAACUCAACGAAGCCUACGAGCAUUCUGCGAACGUGUGAUGCUCAGCAGGGCUAUGGCCCAUGGGCGGCGAAGCUGGGCCUGGUUCUUGCCUUUGUGGCACUGCCAGAGCUGGCCUCUGCCUUCAUCGAGGAGAUUUUUCAGCAGUUUGGAGCAGGUGGAGGGCAACAAUUCCACUUCCAGAUGGGCGAUGGUAACGUGUUCGAGAUGGGAGGAGGCGGUCGUCGAGAGAAGCCGAUCAAAUGGCCCAAGGGCUCGUCUGACAAAAUCUCGAAGAAGUUCGCUUGGAUGAAAGGUACCGAGUGGAGUUGGAACAAUUGGAGGAAUGUCAAGUUCCAGAAGGAUGGCAACUUCGAAGCUCCAACCAAUGACUGCCAACGUGGUCAGUGCAAAUGGUCUGCCAACAAGGGCAAGAUCUUUGUGCUCUGGGGCCAAGCCGGGCUCCAUGAAUUGGAGAUAGUCGGCGAGGUGCCAACAGAGCAGAAUCAACGGAAAAUGCAAGGGAUGCAGAUGAGGGGUCGCCGCGUCUCCGACGGGGAUAGGUGCUCUGCCGUUUUCCAAAGAGUUUUCGACCAUGAAGCGGCUGAGCUAGACAAGGACCUCUACGAGAUCCUCGGCCUCCAGGAAGAUUCCGACGAGGCAGACAUCAAGAAGGUGUACCGGAAGCUGUCCAUCAAGUACCACCCCGACAAAAAUCCCGAUGAGGAGUCGAAAAGGAAGUUCGGCGAGAUCCGGGAUGCCUACGAGAUCCUGAACGAUCCGGACAAGAAGAUCCUCUAUGACACCGGCGGGAUGGAGGCAGUCAAGAAGGCCGAAAAAGGCGAGAUCGAGAAAGGCGAGGAUGCCAGAGCGAAUCUGGCAGUGAGUCUAGAAGACCUGUACAACGGUGGCAACAGAAAGGCGGAGAUCGAACGGCGCAUUGUCUGUCGAGGUUGCAGGGUCAAGCCAGACUCUCCAAAGUGCCAGGGCUGUCACAGGUGUCCGAACGAAGUGAGGUUAGUAAACCGGCAGGUUGGCCCUGGCAUGUUCAUGCAGCAGCAAGAAGAAGUGCAGAGCCAGGAGAAGUGCAAGCAGGAGCUCGCCGAGAUAGAUGCCCACAUAGAAAAGGGAAUGCGGGAUGGCGAAAGCCUCACCUUUCCUCGCAUGACCGACCAGAGGCCAGGCAUGAUCCCCGGCAGCAUGAUCUUGACGCUCAAGGUUGCGAAGCAUCCGGAGUUCGAGAGACGUGGGGAUGACCUGCACAUGAACACGAAGGUGACGCUUCGAGAAGCUUUGCUGGGGUGGACCAAAACCGUCAGGCACAUGGACGGCCACACAGUGGAGAUUGGAACCGACAGCGUAACCAAGCCCUUUCAAGUCAUAAAGGUGAGAGGUGAGGGCAUGCCGCUGAGAGACGACCCUGCCAGUUUCGGGGACCUGUACGUCAAAGUCGAAGUCAAUUUCCCCCGUGCGCUCAGCGGAAGUCAGCAGGACCAAAUCGCGAGCAUCUUCUCCUGA